ACUAAGGAACGAUGUGAAGAGAGGAACAUAAAACAGAACUGAACGCAAAAGAUCACUUUGAAACCCCACACAGAUAAAUAUAAAAAUUUAAUUUUAAUAAAAUAAUAAAUGCUGCCUAUUUGUUGAUUGCCUUAUAUCGAAGAACAAUGGAUGAUCCUGUCUUUAAGCAAAAAUAUCAGAAAUACAAGCUAAGAGUAAAGUUAUGGGAAAAAGAUUUCAAGAAGAAACAUGGAAGAGUGCCUUCAAAGUAUGAUAUCCGGGAAGCCUCUCAGGAGAUAAGAGAUUCUUACAAAAUGUACUACAAAUUGAAAACAUCGUUUUUGGAAGACACCCUCAACGAUGUUUUAUCGGAUGAUGGUUUUGAUGUUCUAGAAAUGUCACAGAUGUCACAAACCAAUGGUGAUCUCGACGUCAGCCUAACGGAGGAAAGCAUCAAUGGUGGACCCAAGUUGCCCUUGGAUAUAAGUGCCAUUGUGGACACGCAACCUGUGGAUAACCAUGAAAACUGCAACGGUUUCUCCAAUGUCCAGGAAAUACCAAAUGGUUCAGCCGUCUUUAAUGAGCCCCGUGUGCUAAAGGAGUUUGAGGCCGUGGAAGAGUUGGAUUUAAACAAAAAGGCUUGGGGUGCAAAGGUAUCUAUGAAACCGGAAAAGCCUGAAUUAAAAGACGAAAAGAAAGAUACUCCUCGACGGAGUCUUAAGCCAAAUUUUAGUGCAAAGCUUUUGAACAAUUCUUCCUUCUCCAAAAGGAAUCCCAGAAAAUCAGUUUCAAAAUCAAAUCUUGAUAGUUCGUUAAGAAGCAACAACUCCACGUUAAGUGACACUUUAAAUUCUACUAAAGAUGUCCUGCCUGAUUUGGAAACAAUUUUACUGCAAAAGGCCAAGGAGCAGCAGGCCCAGAAUAAUAUCAAUGCAAAUCCCCUUUUGGCAGUUGACAAGAACAGGGACAACAUUAAAACCCAAGUAGACGAAGGAUGGCUUGAGCGAAAUGCCCAGCAAAAUGGAAUUGCUGGCAAAACCAGAAGAAGCACAAUAAAGAUUGAGCAGAACAACAAUUUACCAACUCCUCCACGGAAAAGCAUCUAUGGAUUAUCUAAUAUUGAUGUUAGUAAAUUGCAAACAACUGUUGCUACGGCAGACAGUCAAGACGAACCAAACAAAACGCAAUUGAAGAACUUGGAAACGCCGCCUGUUAUUGGUUGUGCAGAUGAAAAACCCCAUUUCCAAGAAAAACCCGUCGAGAAAAAUAGGAAAGUUGACAAAAAGGUUUCUAACGAUUCAGACUCGGAUUCGGUUGUGGGAGACAGUGAGGAGGAAGUUGAACCCCCGGAAUAUCGACAUAUUGUAAAACGUAGAAGAAUCGUACCCUCAACCUCUCCAAAAGCGGAAGUAACAGCCCCGACCGAGGCUCCCAAGAAAAAAACCACAGAUAUUGUAAAGGAUGAAAUUAAACCUCAAGGAACUACAGAACCCUUAGAACAUUCUGAUGAGGGUGAAGACUUUGAUGCUGCCUCGGAUGAGGAUGAAGAGUAUAAACAACCAGAAGUCAGCCGGCGAAAACGAGCAGUGGCUAAACGCAAGACCGCAGCGAAACCCAAGAAGUCAUCACCAAAAGAAAAACCCAAACCAAAAGCUAAAACUGCUACAGCCAAGACCAGAGGGGCAAAGAAGGCUACCAAAGAACAACUAAAGCAGCAGCAGCAGGAGGAGGAGUUGGAGAAGGAGGAAACUCCACUUGAUCCGGUGGACCUGAAAUAUGCUCUUGCCCUAGAAAGUGGUGAUAUCACAUCUGUGCCACGUAUCAAACAAACUGAUCUAGACAAAGCAGAUCACUUGGCUCAGGAAUAUAUUAAUAAAAUGGUUCCCUUAGGUGGUGUUAGUAAUAAGCCAAUACCCGUUACCGUGGCCGAUGAAAAGAGAGCGGCAGCUAAGCGCAAGCUAGAAGAAAAGAUAGCCAGUGGCAAGCUAAAUGAGAACUUUGUUACGAUCAAUAUACAAAAGAAAACUUUCGUACGUGGCAAAAAGACCAUCAACUAUUCGAAAUAUAAGAAAAAGUUGUGGAAGGAUAAGAAACGUGUGGCUGCAUUAACGGGACCCAAUAUGGAUAUGGGCGGCUGUGAUGGUGGCACAUUGAAAUGUUUCACCUGUGGUCAAGCUGGACAUUUUGCUCAAAAUUGCAAAGUUAAGGGGGACUCCUUGCUGCCCUUGACUGCUCAGCUGGAGGAAGAUCCAUCACCGUUUCCCACAUUGGAGGAAGCUGAACGUAUGGCAAGUCAAUCGGCAUUGGCGGUACAUAGCAGAAAUAUAUCCAAAUUGCCACAGGCAGCCAAUGCGGCAAUAUAUAAAAACGAUGGCCUUGCGGAGGAGGACAGUGGUGAUGCAGAAGGUGAUGGGGAGGAGGAAGAAGUUGCCACGGAUGAAAACAGCGAUGACGAUGGGGACAAUGAUCCUGCUGCUGAAGACGUUCUCAUGGAGACUGAUGAUGAAUUGGAGGGUUUUGAUAUGGACAAUGCCAUCAAUGCAAAGGAAAAAAACAUUUCACCCAUAAAAAAAUAUGUUGGCCAUAAAAUUCCUGAAUCAUUUCUUAAGGCUGCUGGCCUGGAUGUAAAUGACGCAACAGACUCGGGCUCGUCGGCAAAUGUACCAGCUAAAAUGGGUGAUGUUAGUCCCAUUUAUGAUCUCAAUCCUGAUGGUAGUGUCAAAGAAGUCACACCCGAGGUAUUGGAAGUCUUGCGUAUGUUUGGCCACACAAACUUUCGCAAGGGCCAGGAUCGCGCAGUUAUGCGUAUACUUUCGGGAAUGUCCACAUUGGUCACCCUAUCCACGGGCAGUGGUAAAUCUCUGUGUUAUCAAUUGCCGGCCUAUAUGUUUUCCAAACAAAAGAAAGCCAUUACAUUGGUUAUUUCACCUUUGGUCUCUCUGAUGGAGGAUCAGGUCACGGGGGUGCCGCAUUUUUUGAGGGCCCAUUGUUUGCACACGAAUCAGACACCACAGCAGAGAAUGAAAACUAUGCAGCUCAUUGCAGAUGGGGAGAUUGAUGUGCUGCUUGUAUCCCCAGAGGCCGUGGUCUCGGGGGAACGAUCUACUGGAUUUGGUUCAAUUUUGCGGCAAUUACCACCAAUUGCAUUUGCCUGUAUCGAUGAGGCCCAUUGUGUCUCCCAAUGGAGUCAUAAUUUCCGUCCCAGCUAUUUGAUGAUCUGCAAGGUAUUGAAGAAAAAUCUGGGGGUAAAGUGUGUUUUGGGUCUCACGGCCACCGCCACUUUGCCCACACGUCUAAGUAUUAUCAAUCAUUUGGGUAUAUUGGAUGGUGAGAAGGGCAUCAUCAGCGACAUACCAUUGCCCGACAAUUUAAUACUUUCCGUGUCCAAGGAUGAAAAUCGUGAUACGGCACUACUGCAAUUGCUACUAAGUAAACGUUUCGAAAGCUGUCAAUCGAUUAUUAUCUACUGCACCAGACGAGAUGAAUGUGAACGUGUAGCGGGUUUCUUGCGUACAUGUUUGCAGGAUCGCAAAAUUGCAGAGCCGGAAAAGAAAAACAAACGGAAACGUGUCAAUUGGCAUGCGGAGCCGUAUCAUGCCGGUAUGGCUGCCUCGCGACGACGGACAAUACAAAAUGCCUUUAUGAACAAUGAGUUGCGUAUUGUUGUGGCCACCAUUGCCUUUGGUAUGGGUAUUAAUAAGCCCGACAUUAGAGCCGUUAUUCACUAUAAUAUGCCACGUAACUUUGAAAGUUAUGUCCAAGAGGUGGGUCGUGCUGGUCGCGACAAUAAAGAGUCACAUUGUCAUUUGUUUUUGGAUGCCAAUGGUGGGGACAAGAGCGAAUUGAAGCGUCAUAUCUAUGCGAAUUCAUUGGAUCGUCAUGUUAUACGCAAAUUGUUGCAGAGAAUUUUCGUGCCUUGUUCGUGUGAUAAGAAUCUUAAGGAUGGUGUCCCCAUAAAGCCUUUAGCAACAUCCUCAAAAAAUUCCCAAUCGGAUGAUGGCAAUGUGGAUGCCUCGAAUUUUGGCAAUAUGCAUGGUGAAACAGAUGUCGAUGUACCAAAACCCCGCCACCACAUUUGUCCAGGUCAUGAAAUUGGAUUUUCCAUUGACCAGACCGUAGAGGCAUUGGAUAUUCCAGCUGAAAACAUCUCGACAUUGCUGUGUUACAUGGAAUUGGACAAUCGUUGGUCUAUGCAUGUGCUCAGCAGUGCCUAUAUUAAGGCCAAAAUUAUAUCCUAUGGUGGACCCAAGUACCUCAAGCAUGCAGCAAAGGAGUGUCCCCCCUUGGCCAUGGCCAUUGCCUUGGAAAUUAAAAAUGGCAACUUUAAAGAAGAUGCCAAUAUCAUAGAAUUCUCGGUGGUGGAUAUAGCAGCAGCAAUUGGUUGGAACAGUGGUGUGGUGAAAUAUCAAUUGAAAAAUCUAGAAUGGGUGCAAGUUAAUGGCUAUCCAAAACGAUCUCCCAUAACUGUAAGUUUCUAUGAUUUGGGUUUCCGUUUAAAGGCACCCGGAGACUUUACAAUCGAAGAAAUUGAUGAUGCCUUGGAUAUUUUGUAUAAUAGAUGUGUGAAACAGGAAAGGACCCAGCUAAUUCAGUUGCAAUAUGUUUUCCAAGGCUUAUCUUCGGUGGCCUACAACAGUCAUGUGCCGUGCUGCAGUGAAAACUUCUCACACGACAGAUCCGAUCAGCUGAAGGCCAUUAUACGUGACUAUUUCCGCAAUGAUUAUCCCAAAGAUUUGAAAUUGGAAGUAGAGGAAUCAAAUGUCUCGGAUGGUGACAUAGAGUCGGAUGUUAUUGCCCUUAUCAACAUGUAUCCGGAAAAUAAUUUCACUGGGCGCAAUGUGGCCCGUAUAUUCCAUGGCAUUUCAAGUCCCAAUUAUCCAGCUGUUAUGUGGGCCCGUUGUAAAUUUUGGCGCGCCCAUUCAAAGACUGAUUUUAAUCGUAUUGUACAAUUGGCCAAUAGUGUUAUUGUCAAGAGGCGCAUGUAAAGGGAGUUGCUUUAACAAACAAGUCAUUAUUUAGUUUUGUUCCUUCGCCGUGUCCUCGUCAUAUGUGUAGCUUAUUUGAGAUUUUAUGUGUGAGCGUGUGAUUUUUUAAUUGUUAUUUUAUGUUAAACGAACGUUUUUUAAGCCAAGUUCCUAGGAAUUAUCCAAGGCUUUGGUCGCAAUUGUACAUGUAUUUAUUCGUAAUAAAAAAAUUAUAUUCAUAUUGUACAA